AGGGAACCAAGGUUACGUUAAUAACUGGAGAAUUUUUUGUUUGUGUGUCUACAUAGGACUGGUUGAUUCGAUAUGGGUAUUUAUCAUCUCCAGACUCUCUAACUGGUCGACUUCAGACCAGGGAGGGUAUUGAAGAAGCUGUCCGUAAAAUGCAGUGUUUUGCGGGUAUUGAAGAGUCUGGCAAACUAGAUCAUGCCAGUUUAGAUCUGAUGGCCAGACCUCGCUGCUCUCUGCCGGACACCAUCAGCUCUGAGGAUCUGUUGAAAGGAAAGAGAAGAGGUAAAGGGAAGCUGAAGAGAAGAAACACUCUGUCAAGACUGAGCUGGGACAAGACUGACAUCACCUGGGGCAUGCAAGACUUUCCCUCUCCUUCCAUGUCUCCCACUUUGCAUCCAGGGCUGGUGAGGCUCAUUUUGACCUCUGCCUUCCGAGUAUGGAGUGAUGUCACGCCUCUGCGUUUCCACCCUUCUCCAAAUGGCCCAUCACCACAGAUAGACAUCAAAAUCACCUUUGCCAGCAGCUACCAUGAGGAUGGAUAUCCUUUUGAUGGCAAGGGGGGCAAUCUGGCACACGCAUUCUUCCCAGGAAAGGGAGAUCUUGCUGGUGACACACACUUUGAUGAUGGAGAGAGCUGGAGCUAUGGAGAUUGGAGCAGUGCCACAGAUUUAUUCACAGUCGCAGUUCAUGAGUUUGGUCAUGCUUUAGGCCUUUUUCACUCAUCCUCCAAUGACUCCAUCAUGUAUCCUUAUUAUCAUGGUCCUGUGGGAGACAUGCACAGUUACUCCUUAUCCCUUGAUGACAGACUGAGAAUACAGGCACUUUAUGGAGAAAGACAAGAUUUUAAACCUUCUCCAUCUGUUGUUACACCCACAACUCAUCUGUCCCACUCCUCGACCCCAGCUCCUCCAAAUCAUCCCUAUCACCCACCAGCCUCUGCUGAUCGCUGUCAGGGAGGUUAUGAUGCAGUCGCUAAUAUCAGAGGAGAGGUUUUAUUCUUUAGAGGUCCACACUUUUGGAGAGUACAUCAUUCAGGCUCAUUAAUAUCCUUGACUCCAGCUCUGAUCCACAGCUUCUGGAUGGGUUUGCCUCCAGAAACAGCCAAAGUUGAUGCAGUAUAUGAGAGAAGAGAUGGACAUAUUCUCUUCUUUAUUGGUAAUCAAUACUGGGUAUUUAGAGACACAGUGUCCCUCCCUGGGUACCCACGACCACUUUCAGAAUGGGGUUUACGCUCUUCUGCAGGAGGGCUUCCAGAGAGGGUGGAGGCAGUAUUUGUGUGGCCACACAAUGGGAAAACGUACCUGUUCAGUGGUGGAGAGUACUGGAGGUUUGAUGAGUUGGGAGCAGAGAGGAAGCUGGAAGAGGGGUACCCCAAACCAGCGUCCAUUUGGGGAAUGCCCUCUCACCCUGAUGAUAUCAUUGGAUUUGUAGAUGGAGACACUUACUUCUUUAAAGAAUCAAACUACUGGAUUUUAAGAAGAGGUGGUCUGGACCAGGAAUCUGCUUCCCCUAAGUCCAUUGCUAUUGACUGGAUGAAUUGUGAAGGUCACAUUUCAACAAACACACCUGAGAUUCCCAGAAGAGACAAAGACUGCACUUGUGUCCAGAGCACAGCAGCUAUGAUAUGUCUUUUGUCAUAUUUUAUAUAUCCAGUUAUCACUGGUUGGAUAUUGGUUAUUGUAUUUUACUGAUUAGAUUUUUAUUAUUUUGUAGUAUUUACGGUGAUUUUAAAUUUUGUGAUUUCGACUGUGAAAUUAGUGAAAAAGUAGGCUACUUGAUUUUUAACUUAGUGACAAAUUUCUUCCAUCUUUGGGAUAGGAAAGUGUCCUGUUUCGAAUGUGUAAACUUGGGAUUGUUUGCCUGUUUUUUGAAUACUGUGUAUUCGGAUCUCUCACUCGUGACAUACUGCUUUCUACAAACUAUACAACAUAGUACAUACUACAUAAAUGGAUAAUGUUUAGAAGUCCACUAGUAGAUACUCUCCAAGCUAAUACACAGUUAACUAAAAGCCACAAGAGAAAUACUUUAAUCAUUAUUUGAACUGAUUAAAUAAAGAAAUCCAAA